AUGAUAACAAGUCCGGUCGAGAAUUACGGCCCACAUAGCCCAAGGGGCGAAAUGGAAGGGAGGCCGAACAAACGGCCAUUGCAUGAGUACCAAGAUAGGUACGAGAGGCCGAGGUAUCAGCCGAAGAGGAGAAAUCAACAUGCCCCUCUAAGAUAUGAAGACAUUGAUUCGCCCGAUUCAAGCCAAAAUCGAAGCAUGUGGAUUUCGGUGGGAGAAGGCAAAAGCCGAGAUGUGGCAUAUGUAUCAAGACCCCGCCCCGCGGACGGUAAUGGUGUCCCAACUUUCAAGGUGCCAAACACAAAGGCGGGCCAAUGGUAUAGAAGUAGAGGCCCAAAACUUCCACCGGUACCUCUGAGCAAAACUCAAACGAGAAGGGCUCAAAGACAAUAUGCCACCACUUGCAAGGCGGAGUUAGAUUGGGCGGAUAAAAGGCAAGCUCAACUUGACCGAUUGGUCGAGCUUCGAGAGAAGCUUCAAUUGGAGGAGUUGGAAUUGGCCAAGGCCGAUGCCGUCGCUUCUUUAGAGGCCGCCGCGGCCGAGGAGAUGAAAAUACGUCGAGAAUGGGUGAAUGGCCGAGUUGUGGUAACGGCCCCGGAAGAGCCAAUCUCGGAAUUGGAGGCCCAUUUGACUGGGGCUUUUGAGGCAAAUAACUCUAAAGUGGAAGUUAGUGAACCGACCAAGAGGAGAGGAGAUAAACCUCUCAAGGUUCAAAAGGCAAGGGCGGCUCCACCAAAAGCCAAGCCUCUGAUCGCCAAGGCCCUGGCCAUGACCAAAUUGGCUCAGCCCACCAAGGUUGAGAGCAAAGAGGAGAAGGACCAAAACAUGGUCCAAGAAGCUGGGGAUGUGCCCCAUAAAAUAGUAAGCGAGCCUAGGGCGGAAGAAGACCAAUUUAUGGUCGAUGUUGAAACUAAUGUGGUAGAAGAAGAGGCCGAGCACACGGCCGAGGAAAAAGCUAAGGAGCCAUUGGAAAAUCCCGAAGGUUCGACGGCCGAAGACGAAGAGAUAUAUGGGGAAGAUGAGGAGUAUGCGGACGAUGAAUACUUAGAGGAUCUGUCGGAGGAAGCUAUGGAACACUUAGAGAAAGAACGGAAUGAAGAGAUGGCCAAGUUUGAGAAUGAGCUAAAAGUGGGCAAGGUCAAAGUAAAGUUUGGAGACUUUGACGAGGUAAAUGCCAUGGUUGUUACACUUCCACUAUUUUUCGAAGCUCGGCCGGAUCAACCUAAUUUUAUGGACGGGGAUGUGUUCGAUGAGGUUGAGUCCAUGGUCCAAAUGGAAGGGGCCAAAGAAAUUGAGAUGGCCCGAGAAACUCCAAAGGAAGGGAAUGCCCAACCUUGCAUCAUGGUGCCCGAAAAGGAGGAAAAAGUGCCCGAGAAGGUGUGCUAUGACAUGCCCACCAAGAAAUGUCCUCCCACCUUAAGCCCUUGUAUGUGGGAGCUCAUUUCGAUGGAGUUCCGGUGA